UGUCAGCUAAAUCCGUUAUGACAAAUACCGUUAAUGAAAGACGGACAAUUGAAUCCUUGAAGGGGGAAUUUUGGCUACAAAUGGUUGACGAAACUGAAACAUAAGGUUAAUGUUUCUAUAUUGGACAUGGAAAAUAUCGUGUUGCAGCAGUACACAGGCCAAAACAAUGAACAAAUAUUUUGAGCUUCGAAAGUGAUUAAAAGCUACGUUUCGUAAUGUUACUGCACUUUCACGUAUGACUCUCUUGGGAAAAGAUGUGUGUACUGUUGACAUUGCAUAGGUAUGCAGAUAACUGUGUUUCCAGUAUUUCUUAUUUUCGCCUUGAUCCAUUAUGUCGUUGGGAACGCCCGGCUUACACAAACUCCACCUGGAAGAUCAUACGCAGUCGUCGGCGAUACAGUAAAAUUCAAUUGGAAUUACACAGUUGUUAACAAAGAAGUUGACUUUGGACCUUAUGUCUCAUCUCCAGUCUGGUAUUAUUAUAACCCUGAUGGACGUACUAAGUCGGUCAUAGCAGUUGAUGAUGGGCUGCGUGGUUGGAAGUGGACGAUAAGUCGACGAACGUGUCCACCAAGGCUGUUGUACCCUACAGUUCGCGUUAGCAAAGAGUCAGUUGCUACUUUGGUCAUUUCUAACGUAACAAAGAAUGACAGCGGAUGGUAUGGAAUAUCUUUGGUGCUAAGAAUAUCCCUUCAAUCACCAACAAAGUGGAACUUAUUGUUAUUGGUAAGUAUAGAUCAUUUUUUUAGUCCGGUUGUCUAUUAUUGAUGUGACCGUAGGUAGCUGUCAUCAUAUGUUUGUGGAUCUGUUUUUCGGUUCUCUCCUGUCCUUCGAGGGUUUUUCUCGUCU